UCACAUGCAUCCCCGUCCUGCCUCCUCCCUCCGCAGCCCCGUCCCGCUGCGCUCCUCGCAACUCCUGCUAAACUAUCCCAAAGCGGAGGCGCUUUUCACAGGCAGGAUCCUGUAGCCCUCUGCGUCCCCUUCGGAGGGGGUUUGGUGCCGAGGCUGUUUUCUCCCUUUCCAUAUAAAGUUCUGGGGCUUGCAGAGAUUGCUGCACAAGCAAAGGGUAAUGAUUGCCCUUAGCAAGAAAGGCUCAUGCUCUUCUCAACUCUGCCUCGCUCUCUGCGCCUUUGGGGUGGCAUUGCUGAGGGACGUGUCCCAGGCGGUACCCAUGGACGAUCAGGAUUAUUACCUGCAGGAGAUUAGCAACAGGGAUCACUAUUAUUCCUUUCCAUAUCCCGGUGAAGAGUUUUUCCCUUUCACGGAGCAGCCCGGAGAGGAAGAACCUAUCCGUGCUGCAGAUACAGAGGAGCACCCCCAGUUCAAACCCAGCAGGAAAGAGUUAAAAGCGAAGAAAAGCAACAAAAAAGGAAAAGCCAUUCUUGAAACUCCACCAGAUUGCCCUCCACUUGGACUAGAGACAUUAAAAAUUACUGACUUCCAGCUCCAUGCCUCUACAGCAAAGCGGUAUGGCCUUGGGGCCCACAGAGGAAGGCUUAAUAUUCAGGCAGGUGUUAACGAAAAUGAUUUUUAUGAUGGUGCUUGGUGUGCAGGAAGAAAUGACCCAUAUCAGUGGAUUGAAGUAGAUGCUCGAAGGCUAACAAAAUUCACUGGAGUCAUCACACAGGGGAGAAACUCCCUCUGGUCGAGUAACUGGGUGACCUCUUACAGAGUAUUGGUGAGCAAUGACAGUCAUGCAUGGACUGCUGUCAGAAACGAAUCUGGAGAUGUGAUAUUUGAAGGAAACAGUGAAAAAGAGAUCCCAGUUCUCAAUAUGUUGCCGGAGCCACUGGUUGCUCGUUAUAUCCGCAUAAACCCACGGUCCUGGUUCCAAGAAGGUAGCAUCUGUAUGAGACUGGAAAUCUUAGGGUGUCCUUUGCCAGACCCAAAUAAUUAUUACCACAGGAGAAACGAAAUGACAACCACAGAUAACCUGGACUUCAAGCAUCACAACUACAAGGAAAUGAGGCAGUUGAUGAAAACUGUGAAUAAAAUGUGCCCAAAUAUCACACGGAUUUAUAACAUUGGAAAAAGCAACCAAGGACUGAAGCUGUAUGCUGUCGAGAUUUCUGACAACCCAGGAGAACACGAAGUUGGUGAACCAGAAUUCCGGUACAUUGCAGGAGCUCAUGGGAAUGAAGUGCUUGGACGUGAGCUAAUCCUUUUGCUAAUGCAGUUUAUGUGCCAGGAGUACCUGGCUGGGAACCCACGCAUUGUACAUCUAAUUGAGGAUACCAGAAUCCACCUCCUGCCCUCAGUCAAUCCAGAUGGAUACGACAAGGCAUAUAAAGCGGGUUCAGAAUUAGGGGGCUGGUCUUUAGGACGAUGGACUCAGGACGGCAUUGAUAUCAACAAUAAUUUCCCUGAUUUAAACUCUUUGCUCUGGGAGUCAGAGGAUCAGAAGAAGAGUAAAAGAAAAGUUCCAAACCAUCACAUCCCUAUCCCUGACUGGUACCUGUCUGAAAAUGCCACCGUGGCAGUGGAGACAAGGGCAAUAAUAGCAUGGAUGGAAAAAAUUCCUUUUGUGCUGGGUGGCAAUUUGCAGGGAGGGGAGCUUGUGGUGGCAUACCCCUAUGACAUGGUGAGAUCCAUGUGGAAAACCCAGGAUUACACACCUACCCCAGAUGACCAUGUCUUUCGUUGGCUUGCAUAUUCCUAUGCUUCCACACAUCGGCUGAUGACAGAUGCGAGGAGGAGAGCGUGUCACACAGAGGAUUUCCAAAAGGAAGAUGGCACUGUUAAUGGAGCAUCCUGGCAUACCGUGGCUGGAAGCAUAAAUGACUUCAGUUAUCUGCACACAAACUGCUUUGAGCUGUCCAUCUACGUUGGCUGUGACAAGUAUCCCCAUGAGAGCGAGCUGCCUGAAGAAUGGGAAAACAAUCGCGAGUCCCUGAUUGUUUUUAUGGAACAGGUUCAUCGGGGCAUCAAAGGCAUAGUAAAAGAUGCGCAUGGAAAGGGAAUCCCAAAUGCUGUUAUUUCAGUAGAAGGUGUUAACCAUGACAUUCGCACAGGAGCCGAUGGGGACUACUGGCGCCUUCUCAACCCAGGGGAAUACGUGGUGGCCGUGAAGGCAGAGGGCUACACCACCGCCACCAAGACCUGCGAAGUCGGCUACGACAUGGGAGCUACCCAGUGCGAUUUCACCAUCUCCAAAACCAACCUGGCAAGAAUCAAGGAGAUCAUGAAGAAGUUUGGGAAGCAGCCGGUCAGCCUGUCCAUCCGGCGGCUCAGGCAAAGGGCUCGGCAGUGGCGGCAGCAGCGAUAGACCUCAGCCCAGGCAGAACCACAGCAUCCAUGAGCUCUGCUUCUAUCAGCCUGGCUCUAGUCGUAGUGAGAGUUACAUAGCUCCUCUUUCAUACAUAUUUCUCUGCACGAGGCUUUUCUGUUAGUGGAGCUGGAUGAAUAAUGGGGGGGUUCAGUUGGAAAAAAAUAAGAAACAAAAUUCAAGUUGAACCAAAAUAAGCCCCGGGCUGGGGAGAGAGGCAGGAUGAAUGUAGAAAGAUGUUUUGAGUUAACCUGGAAUGAUUUUUUUUUUGCUUAUUGGGUUAUUUAAUCCUUUGUAAAUCUGUUUUCUUUAAAAUAGAAAAGAGAGACUUAUAAAGAAGUGUUGUUUUGAAUGAAAAACUGUAAAACGUUGUUUCUAAAGUAUAAAAUUGGUAUAUUUUUGCCUUUCAGAAAGGAUUUUACACUCUUUACGUUUUGUUCUCAUGUGAGAGAAAAGGAGACAACUUCUGUUGAAUAUCAUUAAAAUUUGUGUCAAAAUUUCAAUUCCCUUUUCCCUGAAUUUCCACCUUUUGGCAAGCACCAUAAUACUUGGGAGAAAAAACCUGAUGCAAAUAACCCAGCUUAGCUUUCCUGCUUGGGUUUUUUAUAUUUAAGGAUGUUUUGUGGUUCCAGAGUUUAAGGCCACAAAUGUUUUUUUCUUCUCUGGAUUUUAAGGCUGAGUUUUUACUCAAUUAAAAGUAAAAAUAAAAAGGGCAUGGGAUGAGGACCACUUCAGCAAUGUGGCAUGGCACCCCUUCUCUAACCUGGGAAAGGGACUUGAAACAAAGCCUUUCUUGUCAAUACAGCUGGUCAUAUAGUGUAUGAGAGGACAGGCUUGGUCAUGGAUAUGUGCAGAGUUCAAAAAUCCACUGAUAUAUUUUGCCUUGAUUUUUGGCCUGCCUCAGUUCUUCUGUGCUCAUGCACACUUUGUGCCACUGACUUCCCUGAGAUGGAGAGGAUUUUCUAUUCCCCUGCGUGCUCUGCUCAUCUUGCCACUCCAGCUGCUGCUGCUUUUCUGGCCUUACAACUCUAUGGGAGCAGGAUUUGGGCUUUAUUAUUGGCUUUUGAGUAACAAAAUUAUUCAGCAGGAUAGAAUCAAGGUUCAGGAAAUAUGCAGUUCAGAUCUGGGAAAGACCUAAAUAAACACAAAGUAUCAGCUGGUGAAAAUCAAUUUUGUUCCAUUAACUUCAAAGUUAUGACCUUUAUUAUACCAAAUGAAAGGCCAGAUGCACGAUUUUAGCCAGUCAAAAUUCUAGGGCUAAGUAAACAUCUCUUCAUAUGCUUGGUAGAAAGACUGUGGCAUACAUUUCCAAAUAAAAUUGUUUAAAGCAUUUUAA